AUGGUGGACGUUCCGAUGACGUUUGGAGCCCUGCUCAUUGGUGGCAUCCUAGCCGUAAUGUUCUCGGGACUGACGAUAGCCCAAUCUGUCGUCUUCCUGAAAAUGUACCCGAAGGACAAGAUUCUUGUCAAGCUUUUGGUUUUUGGUGUAUGGCUGCUCGAUAUGCUUCAUUCGUUUUUCGUUUCGCAAACUCUAUGGAACUAUCUAAUCGUGAACUUUGGAAACCCUGAAGGAAUCGAUGUUAUUCCAACGAGUCUCGCGCUUACCAUCGUCGUGACUGCUAUCCUUACUUUCGGUGUUCAUUGUUUCUUCAUCUAUCGCAUUUUUGUCUUGGCCAAAAAUAACUACUUCAUUGCUGUUCCGAUCCUUCUUACCGCAGCCGCCCGUCUAUGUUUCGCGUGCUUGACGACCUCGAAGUUGAUCGAAUUGAGGAGUCUCGAAGUCUUUGUCAAGUUGUACACGUGGUCGUUUACUACUGGCUUGACGCUUUCGGCCGUCGUGGAUGUCUUCAUCACAGGGUUCAUGUGCUACCUUCUCCGCACCAGGCGAAACCAGUAUUCUAGUAUGAACAAGGUUCUCGACACUUUGAUCCUGUAUGCGUUCGAGAACGGAGUUCUUACAACGUUGGCUGCUCUCCUCUCUUUGAUCACGUGGUUGACGAUGAAGCAUAACCUGAUCUUCCUAGCGACGCACUUCAUCAUCAUCAAGUUUUACGCAAACUCUCUCCUGGCGACCCUGAAUGCUCGAAAGCAGCUCCAGCCCGGUGGAAUCACCAUGCAUGCCACCAACCUUCGAUCGAAUUCAGUGAGCGGCGGGGUCUCCGAGCCCAUCGUACUCGGGUCCGAUCCUUUCAGCAGGAAAGCUCGGAGUAACAAUUUCCAUGACUCUGUUGGCGUUGUCGAGGAAGAGGAGAUGAAAGACACGCAGCUUCGCAUUACCGUUAAUACCACUCACAUGCGCAUCACUGAUUCGAGGGAGAACCUUAGUACUCCUGCGUCAGGACGGGGUCAGAGUAGCGCUGUAUAG